AUGAGUUUCGGCUUUGGAAUCAGCGAUUUUGAGUACGUGUUCAGCCUCGUGCUGCGAGUAAAGAAUUUUCUCGGCGACGUUGCAGAUGCUCCCAAAGCAUGGAACGCCCUCAAGGCCGAAGCAGAGUGCCUGUCCAUCUGUCUCAAGGUGAUCAGAUACAAGCAAAGUAGGCGUCUUCUCCGAGAGAUCUCGAGGAGGCAGCGUGACGACCUAUUGGCCAUUGUCAAGGGGUGCGAAAUCAACAUGGCGGAACUCAUUGGCUUCGUGGCGCAGACCCAGAGUAUUGCCGUAGCGGAAUAUGAGCAAGACGGUGGGAAGCGUAAGCCGAGUGGGGUUUCGUUGACCAGGUGGAUGAAAGAACUUGCUGCAAUUGGGCGAAAUCUGUGGACGAGGAUGACUUUUAUUUGGCAAGAGAAGCAGCCGAUGCGCGAGAAGCUUGCCAUACCGACGCAGAGUUUGAAUAUCUACUUGGUAAGCCUGACUUAUAUCUCACUCUCAUACAAUACUCGACUGUCUGGCGGACCUGGAGGGACAGCCUUACCACCAGCUUGGACAGAAGAAUGGGACGUUGUGGGCAAAAAGGUAGCUUUCAAGGAUGUCGGCUUCUCUUUGAAAGACCUGAUGAAGCCUGGUGUCGAAGAUGUGAUCGUCGAUUACGCUUCGAAGAAAAUCACCGGCGGUGGAGAGAAGGGAAAAGCGAAGAAGCCCGAUUCAUCAGGAGGAGCGGUCAAAGUCCCCAAAACACCACGUCGGAAGUCUUCACUUGGUCCAAGAGCGGGACAUACCGACUCAGACGGUAUGUUCCUCGUUCGACGAAAGGCUCAAGCUCGUUCCAGAUCUCGUGUCAGUUCUGGCGUUGAGAUCGUCACAGCAGACUACGACUUCGACAGUGACUCAGGUUCGAGCUCUGUUGGUUUUGCCGGGGGGUAUCUCUCCCCUCGAGGCGGUGACGAUGGAGUUAGCUACGAGGAGCGAUCACCACGACAGGACACCUCGGAAAGACGCGGCCGGCGUAACGCUCCACGGGAUCACGGUACCCUCGAGGACUCGGAUGAAGAUUUCGAGGGCGAAAAAGCAGCGAUGUUGAAUGCCCAAUACCGAGGUUAUAUUAACGCAAGGGCACAAAUCAAGAGAGAUCGCAAGACUGCAAUCAAGGAGAUGGAAAGAGCGGUCAAGGAAGAAGCCGAAGAAUCGUCUUAUCACGGCCGGACGGCUCAUAUCAGAUCUGCACCGCCUGGCCAGCCGGAUGUCAGAUCAUACAUGGAAUCGCGAUAUCAUAUCGUCAUUGGUGUCGCUACUCCAGCAGCUGAAGCACUGAAUAAGGCAGAAAUUCGCAGUCGGACUUCAUCUUACGUCGGCAAGCCACCUCAGUCAGAGCGUGAUCAAGAGUCUAAAUUGAAGGAAGGUCUGGACGAACCACGGCAUCGAACUCAAGCCGGCCAACAUCUUAGCGACUCAGAUAUCUCUUCUGACCCUGACUCCGAUUCUGAGCAGCCAGUCAAGCUUACGCUUGGACCGGGAUCGAGGAUGAGGAAGGAGAAGGCCAAGACAGAAUACACUAUGCACAGGGCACAGCUGUUCUCGAUACCACGAACAGAGUAUGUACCGCAGACAUAUGCCCACGAAGGACGAACAUCAGCAGCGGCCGAUCGCGGUCGUGAGCAUUUCCUCCAUCAACAGGAGAACUUCAUCACCCGAAGAGAGGCGGAUCUGGAACGAAGGGAAGCCAUUCUCCAGCAGCGCGAGAUGGAUUUGCUGGCGCGGGAGAGAGCUCUUCACCGUCGCGACCCCUCUACUGGACCUCGAAACUCAUCUUACGAAUCUGAAUACGGACCUCGAAACCCGUCCCACGAAUCUGAAUAUGGACCUCGAAACCCGUCUUACGAAUCCGAAUACGGAGGCCCUUCGAUCAAACUCUUCCGAGCACCAGACCCAGCGGAUCGAGAAGAGCGAAUGCCUCAUGAGGGGAUGGAGUUCAUUCGUCCAGAGCGGCCCGGUCCGUCGUGGGUUAGAAAACGUGGGAGCCAUCCUAGACCGUCGUACUCUGAGCAUUUUUCUGACUCGGAGAAUGAGAUCAAACAUGAGCCACAGAGAUCUGAUGCUCGAUAUAGUGAGCAAGAUAUCAGGAGGAGAAAUCCAAGGGGCUCAGAUGAUGAUGAUGAUAGUCAGGAGUUCAUUGUUUACGGGAGGCGGUGAAGUAUUCUGGUCCACUCUGUUACAAUAUGUUCACACAGUGGCCAUCCGUGCCCGCCUGGUAAAGGGGAUCAGCCUUUCCCCUCGCCCACAUCAGCGAUCGGGACGUCGACACGAGUCGUUGUUGAACAUGAUCCGACUGUCGCUGGGCAUGUUGAUGUCUGCACCGCCGAGCUGCACAAAGGAUGUUGACCUCUGUUCAUUUCCUCAUAUACCAGAUCAAGCGUAAAUCCACCAAGAAGCUGUGAAAGUAUAUUACGGCCCCCCGCAAACCAAUCACUCGACUGAGCCGAGUGCAGCGGGUAGUGACUUGCAACCGGCUUCCGAGGCCUAAGCCGGUCGAAUCGACCGUCA